CCUGUUCUUUUUCCCCUUAUAAAACUCUCUCAUCAUUUGCUCUUAGAUCAAGUACUCCAAGACCAAAAUUAAGCCUCAUAACUAACUUAUUUUUCAAAUAAGCGUUCUUAAGACCAAAGAGUCGAACGUUAGAAAGAGAGAAAAACCCUUAUGUAGUUGUAUCCUCCAAAAUUACACGAAUCCUCGAUAUGCCUUCGACCGCUCCUCUUCUUUUUCCCCAAUAAAACUCUCUCAUCAUUGAGCCCGACAAAACAACUCAAUCUUAAAAUCAGCGUUCUUAAGACCUUAAUAUGCCUCCGGCCGCUCCUCCUCGUCCACCAGUUAGCCUAUUUAGGUGCAUAGCCAUUUCACUCUUAACCCUACUUAUCAUAGUGGGAAUAGUCGUGCUCAUCGUAUGGCUAGUACUAAGACCACGAAAAAUGGUCUAUUCCAUCGAAAAUUCUUCAAUCCAUGACUACAAUUUAACCAACAUCAACCAUUUAAAUGCCAAAUUCAAUUUUACAAUAAGAGCCAAAAAUCCAAACAAGAGAGUCUCAAUAUAUUAUGACAAUAUUGAAGUGAAACUCUUCUUUAACUCACAACCACUUGCUUUCAACUAUGUAGAGCCAUUUUAUCAGCCUCGCCGGAAUGUGACACAUUUUGAUGUGUCACUUCCGGCGAAUGACGUGGCGCUUUACGGGGAUAUUGCACGUGAUUUUAAGACAGAAAGGACAGGUGGAUCAGUGGAAGUGCAAGUGAAAAUUAGGGCAAAAAUAAGGUUUAAGGUUGGUAAAUGGAAAUCACGUCAUAGGAAGUUGAGGAUUUUGUGCACUCCUAGGGUGAAUUUUUCUAAUUCAAAAAGGAAUUUUAAGUCAUUUCCUUGUGAUGUAGAUGUAUAAUUAAGCUGUUUUUUUUUUUUUUUUUUUUUUUUUACAUUAUUCUUUUGGGGUUGU